AUGGAGGCUAAGAGUUCGCGGUCGUUUACGCGACGUCUUCUGUCGCAGGGCGAUUCGGGCCUGUACGAAAGCGUCGACUUCGUGCCUCCGGCGCACACGACCUGCUACAAGCUGUGGGUGGUCUGCUGCUCUGUGUGGAUCGUGCUCUUCAUCCCGCUCAGCCUGACCGCGUUCGCCAUGGGCUACCGGCCGACGCGUGCCACGACGCCGCCCCAGAUGACAACCGACCCCAUCUGGCUCACCGUCGAGAACCAGCCGCCGUGCCAGGAGCAGUUCCCUCCUCGCAAAGCGGCCACUGGCUCGAUCAAGAAGCGCGCGAGUUCCAUACUCUGCAUCUUCAAUACGAGCACGCAUCGCAGGCCACUGGUUUCCCGCAUGGUGUUGGGCUACAUCCCCGGCUUCAUCUGCAAGCACGUGUUGUACGCCUCCAUCCUGAUGCCGGACCCCGAAGGCGAGCUCCAGUCGUUGACGCCGGAGUUCGAUAUGGAGUGCGCUGGACUGGCGAGCGUGAAGAUUCUCAAGAAGCGGUUUCAGCACAUGAGGGUAUACACCGUCCUGUCGGCAAACACUCCGGCGCUGGAGACCGUGCUGUUCACCCUCGCUUCCGGGGGACUGGACAAGCUGGCGAAAUUCGUCCACAACUGGAUUGUUAAGUUCAGCUUUGACGGAUUGUUCGUCAGCUGGUCCCAGCCAUACGCCAUGGAGAAAUCCAGAGUGGUGUUCAGCAGGCUCGCAGCCGCACUCAGACCGCAAUACACGCUAGGUGCGAUCCUUCCGUGGCAGAUCCCGGCGUUGCAGAACUACGACACCGUGUCUAUCGCUUCCAAUGUUGACUGGAUCAUCAUGAAGACGCACGGCUUUUACCCGAGAACGGGCUACAACUUCACUUCUUGUCCGAGCCCAUAUCAAAGCUCCGACAACCGCACUACCAUUUCGGAAAUUCUCGAAUACCACCUGGUCACGAUGCGGGAUCACAUGAACCUGUCGCGCGUUUGCUUCAGCGUCUCCUUCCGGGCGACGGGAUACCGAGUGACCGACAAAAUUUUCAGCGGCCACAUGAAGACACAAGGACCUGGCAACUUAAACAGGGUGAACCAGACGUGGGUGUCAUACGAGGACCCUUGGUCGAUCGCGGAUAAAGUACAGCGAGCGAUCGAAUUGCUGCGCAGGCGUCGAGGCAACGUGGUCGUCGACCAGGGAUUCUGCGUGGGCGUGUGGGACCUCGACCUUGACGACUACAAGGGCUCGUGUACGCCAAAGAAGCAUUGGCCCCUGCUAGAAGCACUAGCUGCCGCUUUGCCGUAG